AUGUUUCUGCAACGAGGAUCACGAGCGCUGUCGCGGCAAUGGCAGACGUCCAAGGCCCUAGGAAAGGUCAUGGCGGGACAUCAGCAAUUAUACCCCGCCAGGUGGUUCCACGAGUCGAAUAGGGUGAUGGCCAUCAAGGCGGUGCCUCUGGCGGACAUUGGAGAAGGCAUCGUCGAAUGUGAGGUCAUCCAGUGGUUUGUUGAGCCUGGCGCUACUGUCGAGGAGUUUUCUCCUUUGUGCGAAGUACAAAGCGACAAGGCGUCGGUCGAAAUCACAAGUCGUUUCCCGGGCACAGUCAAGAAGCUGUACUACGAGGCUGGCGACAUGGCCAAGGUGGGCAAGCCCUUCAUCGAGAUUGAUACGGCCGACGAUGCAGCACCCGAAGCUGUCGAGCCUGCCACGACACCGGACGAGGGCGCAGAGGAAGUCGAAGUACCAUCAGCGCCAGCACCACCAAAGCCUGUCGAGAAGAAAUCCCCAGAAGUCCCACAAGUCGAUGAUCCGCCGGCGCAGACAAAACCCAAGGUUAAGGGCAAGUGUGCAGCCCUAGCCACGCCCGCAGUCCGACAUCUCAGCAAGGAGUUGAAGAUCGACAUCGCUGAUAUUGACGGCACUGGCAAAGACGGGAGGGUACUUAAGGAAGAUAUCUACAAGUUCGUCAAGGCCAGAGACAGUGAGCCCCCUGUUGCGCCUGCACAGUCGGCGACCCAACCAACACCUUCAUCAUCAGAUACAUCGGUGCAGACCGAAACAUCAGUACCUCUCACCAACAUCCAGAAUCAAAUGUUCAAGAGCAUGACUCGCUCGCUGAACAUUCCUCAUUUCCUGUACACGGAUGAGAUCGACUUCUCGUCCCUGGUCGAGCUGCGCGCUCGCCUGAACAAGGUCCUGGCCAAGUCGCCAGCUGUCGAGGGUCAACCCGGCAAGCUCUCAUACCUCCCCUUCAUCAUCAAAGCCGUGUCACUGGCGCUCUACCAAUUCCCCAUCCUCAACGCCCGGGUGGACGUGGAUGCGACGACCGGGAAACCCAGCCUCAUCCACCGCUCGCAGCACAAUAUUGGCGUCGCCAUGGACACGCCCCAGGGACUGCUCGUGCCCGUCAUCAAGAACGUGGCCUCGAUGAACAUUCUCUCCAUCGCUGCCGAGCUCACCCGACUGCAGACCCUGGCACAACAGGGCAAGCUUUCCCCCAAGGAUCUUACAGGCGGCACCAUCACCGUCUCGAACAUUGGCAAUAUUGGUGGAACCUACCUGAGCCCUGUGAUUGUGGACAAGGAGGUGGCCAUAGUGGGCAUUGGACGGAUGAGGACGGUGCCGGCCUUUGACGAGAACGACAAUGUGGUCAAGAAGCAAAUGACAAACUUCAGCUGGAGCGCGGAUCACAGGGUCGUGGAUGGGGCGACGAUGGCUAGGGCGGCCGAUGUAGUGAAGAGCGUGGUGGAGGAACCUGAUGUUAUGGUGAUGCAUCUUAGAUGA